CCACACCGGAAGAGUCGAUCAGGUCGGACAGACUCAACUGGAACUUUCUACGGGACCUGAUCGGGGGCGGGUCCAGGUCCGGGUCCAGUCUGUUUGGUGACUGUAUCUGCCAGGCUCUGCUGAGGCUGCGGCGGCUGAGACCGGAGCUACCACCGGACCAACCCCGGGACUAACACCGGCUAACGGUGUCGCGUCGGCGGCAUGUUCGGCUGCCUGGUGGCCGGGCGGCUGGUGCAGACCGACUCGGUGCAGGUGUCCUCGGAUAAGUUCGUGUUCACGCUCCCGGACUAUGAGAACGUGAACCACGUGGUGGUGUUCAUGCUGGGCACGGUGCCGUUCCCCGCCGGGAUGGGCGGGGCCGUGUACUUCUCGUUCCCGGACCCGGUGAGCGGCGGCCCGGUGUGGCAGCUGCUCGGCUUCAUCACUAACGACAAACCCAGCGCCAUCUUCCGGAUCUCGGGGCUGAAGGCCGGGGAGGGCGGGGCGCACCCCUUCGGCUCCGUGGCCCCGGCGGCCUCGGCCUCCGUGGCGCAGGUCGGGGUGUCCGUGGAGGCCCUGGACCAGCUGGCCCAGCAGACCCCGGUGUCCGGCGCCGCCGUGUCCACGGUGGACUCCUUCCUCCACUUCACCCAGAAGAUGCUUGACAGCCUCUUCAACUUCGCCGCGUCCUUCGCGGUGACGCAGGCGCAGAUGAACCCGAACCCGACCGAGACCUUCAUCCCGUCCAGCUGCGUCCUCCGCUGGUACGAGAACUUCCAGAGGCGCCUGGCCCAGAACCCGAACUUCUGGAAGACCUGAGGGACCAGACGACACCCCGAGACCAAAGAGGAGGCCGAACCGGUGCGCAGAGUCCGAGACCGAGACCCGUGAACCGGACCAAGGACUGUGUAGAACCUGAACCAGGUGGAUCCACUGAGAUAGAGCUUUUGUUUUGUUUUUCUGUAUUAAAACAAGAAAAGGCACGAGAUCAUGUGUGAGGUUCUUCAUUUAAGAGCAACGCCUGCACCUGAACGCACCACAGGUAUCUAACACACCAACUGUGUACCUGAAUGCACCACCAGUACCUGAACACACCAACUGUGCACAUGAAUGCACCACAGGUAUCUAACACACAACUGUAUACCUGAAUGCACAACAGGUAUCUAACACACCAACUGUGUACCUGAAUGCACCACCAGUACCUGAACACACCAACUGUGUACAUGAAUGCACCACAGGUAUCUAAACACACCAACUGUGUACCUGAAUGCACCACCAGUACCUGAACACACCAACUGUGUACAUGAAUGCACCACAGGUAUCUAACACACCAACUGUGUACCUGAAUGCACCACCAGUACCUGAACACACCAACUGUGUACAUGAAUGCACCACAGGUAUCUAAACACACCAGUACCUGAACACACUGCCUGCACCUAAAUACAUCACUGGUACCUGCUCACAGCUUGUACACCUGAACACACCACCUGCACUGAAAGGCAACAUCUGUACAUUAACACAUCAUUGGCAUUUGAACGUAACACCGGUCCUUGAAUACACCACCAGUACCUGAACAGGAAGAAUGCACCUGAAUGCAAUGGUACCUGAAUGCCCCACUGGUAUGUGAGCUCAUGGACUUGAACACAUCAUGAUGCAGAGGGAAGUGUCUAUGAGAUGAACGGAUGACCAGUGAACGCAUCGGCUUCAUCUAAACUGUUGUGAUGUUUCUGUGGAGUCCAGUCGUUCAGACCUCAGGUCCAACUGGAGGCCGUGCAGUCCUGGACCUGAUCCCAGUUCCUCAAAACCUUCGAUAAAGCUUCCGCCUCUAUAUUGUGUCUUUAAUCGUCCAUUGGUCAAACGUCAGGUUUAAAUUUAAAGUGUUGCUUCAUUAGUUUUUGUUCUAAAUAAAUCUUGAACUCUAACAUCUGUCAGUUUAACAAAACUGAAGUGAAUUCAUCACAUUUAAUCUGCUUAAUUUCUCUGAUGUCCAGAUAAUAGACAUUAAAAUACUGUGACUUAAGUUUCCUGUUUACAGAGUAAAUGAAAUAAAACCUGUAAAAAUGGA